CUGGGAAUCAAUAGGAUUAUCGACGGAAAGAAAUGCCGGUGAGAGUUGUGGAGAGCUCUGCACCUUCUCAGGUUUCUGAAGGUGCAAAUUCUGAACAUACGUCACCCCAGGCUUGUACCCUUUUGAGUGUUGGACAGACCUUCUCUGGUACUCAGAAUGUUUCGGGUCUGCAAAAAGAUGAAGCAUGGAGGGUAAAUGUCUGUAUACAAGGAUGUGACCUCGAACACGGUUAUCUUUGUGGUACCAUGGAAGCUCUUAACGUUCCCAUGGCAGAUACACCAGUAGUAACCUUUUGGGAAGGAGAAAUUGUUGAUACCAAGAAUUAUACUUUCUUCACUGGCAAAUGGGAAGCAACACCAGAGGAUGAUAUUAGGCACUGGACCAAGUUUACUUCCUUUAGUCCUUUAACGAGCCAAGUGGAAGCUGAUGGGGGAAAAUCUUUGGACCUGAGCAACUAUCCGUACAUAUUUAUGAGAUGGAAAGAGCAAUACUUCGUGAAUGUCGGAACGGACUGCGGGUUAACUAUAGCUGGCUUUUACUAUGUAUGCUUCUCUUGUAGUGACGGAUCUAUCAAUGGCUUCUACUAUGAUCCUAACAGCAGCCCGUUCCAGAAGCUGGAGCUGAAAUCUACCAAUGAGGGAAGAUCGGGUUUCAGUUUUUCAUCAUACGAGUUGCGAUGAGAUGGAAGACAAGUAACCGGUUUUCGAGAAUUACCACCCAAAUGAAUCUAUGGAUAAAACAUGUUUCUGGAUUCUCAGAAAACUUGGAGAAAAAAGGGGUUUUAUGACUUGUUAGUUGUAGAAAACUAGAUGAGAUGUUCAUUUGUUUGUAUUAGUGUCUAUUCACAAACUUCAUUUUGCAGCAUUCUUCUUGUAUAUGGUACAUGAUGAGUUUCACUGUAUUAUUCAAGCAUGCAUAUUUAGUUAAGUUUGUUGUGUGUGCGAACACAGACAAUUUGAUAUGUGACCAUUCAAAACAUAAUCAU